GAACUACAACUACAUUACCCAGCAUCCCGCGCGCCGCCGCCCCACUUCCGGAGCCGCCGGACAGCAUGGCGGCGCCCGAGGAUGCCGGUUCCCCUACAGAAACGCCGCAGCCGGCCGUGGAGGAGGAGGAAACGAAAACAUUUAAAGACCUGGGGGUGACCGAUGUGCUGUGUGAAGCUUGCGACCAGCUGGGAUGGACGAAGCCCACCAAAAUCCAGGUGGAAGCUAUUCCUUUGGCCUUGCAAGGUCGUGAUAUCAUUGGGCUGGCGGAAACCGGCUCUGGAAAAACAGGGGCCUUUGCUUUGCCCAUUCUGAACGCGCUGCUGGAGACGCCUCAGCGUUUGUUUGCUUUAGUUCUCACCCCCACCCGAGAGCUGGCCUUUCAGAUUUCAGAGCAGUUUGAAGCCCUAGGAUCUUCUAUUGGAGUACAGACUGCCGUGAUUGUAGGUGGAAUUGAUUCAAUGUCCCAGUCUCUGGCCCUGGCAAAAAAACCACAUGUAGUAAUAGCAACUCCUGGUCGACUGAUUGACCACUUGGAAAAUACAAAAGGUUUCAACUUAAGAGCUCUCAAAUACUUGGUCAUGGAUGAAGCAGACCGAAUACUGAAUAUGGAUUUUGAGACAGAGGUUGACAAGAUUCUCAAAGUGAUUCCCCGAGAUCGGAAAACUUUUCUCUUCUCUGCUACCAUGACGAAGAAGGUACAAAAGCUUCAGCGAGCAGCACUGAAGGAUCCUGUGAAAUGUGCUGUUUCCUCUAAAUACCAGACGGUUGAGAAAUUGCAGCAAUAUUAUAUUUUUAUUCCCUCUAAAUUCAAGGAUACCUACCUGGUUUAUAUUCUAAAUGAAUUGGCUGGAAACUCCUUUAUGAUAUUCUGCAGCACCUGUAACAAUACUCAGAGAACAGCUUUGCUACUCCGAAAUCUUGGAUUCACUGCCAUCCCCCUCCACGGACAGAUGAGUCAGAGCAAGCGCCUAGGAUCCCUUAAUAAGUUUAAGGCAAAGGCUCGUUCCAUUCUUCUAGCAACUGAUGUUGCAAGCCGAGGUUUGGACAUUCCUCAUGUGGAUGUAGUUGUCAACUUUGACAUUCCUACCCAUUCCAAGGAUUACAUCCAUCGAGUAGGUCGAACAGCUCGAGCUGGGCGCUCCGGAAAGUCUAUUACCUUUGUCACACAGUAUGAUGUGGAACUCUUCCAGCGCAUAGAACACUUAAUUGGGAAGAAACUGCCUGUCUUUCCAACACAGGAUGACGAGGUUAUGAUGCUGACAGAACGUGUGACUGAAGCCCAAAGGUUUGCCCGAAUGGAGCUGAGGGAGCAUGGAGAAAAGAAGAAACGUACACGGGACGAUGCUGGGGACAAUGAUGAUACGGAGGGUGCUAUGGGUGUCAGGAACAAGGUGGCAGGAGGGAAAAUGAAGAAACGGAAAGGCCGUUAGUCUCUUUUAUAAAGACUUGAUUUCUGCUUUCGGUUGUGUGAAAGGGGAUUGAGGAAGAGAAAGAAACCUCCUGCUGUAGAGUUCUUCAGACCGAAAUCUGUCAGAAUUAUGUCCAGAAUCUGCUCAGCUGCUUCAGUACUUUCCUUUCUAUGUGUUGGAGUGUCAUGACUGAAGAAUGUUUUGUACAGGUUUUACUGUUCUUCCACUUUGGUUCCUGCUCAUGACAGGAGUAGGAUGUGCCCUUCUGUCACUUCACACAGACCUGUUGCUUUCUCAGCUGCAAGUCAAGGACUAUGUGAUGCAGCACUUGACCUAGAAUUGUAAAGAAGCUUCUGCAUCUGUAGAAUGGGGAUACCUAGGAUACAUAAGCAAUCUCAGCUUGUGCUUCGUUAGACCUCAUGUGAAUAAUAAAUUUAAAUAUUAUUUUUUAAAGAUUGAAA